AUGAAAUGGCGAGUGGCUGGCGGGAUGGGCAUACCGUUCGCUGCUGCUGUCUUCUUUAUGUUGCCCCUCUUCACAUCAUCCACAGGAGAUAUACGUCAUCACGGAACUUCGAGAGCUCGAGGCUGGCGAGGCACAGUGCAGGCGCCGGCAGACGUCACAGCGAACAAUUCAGUAAGCAACGUCACUGCACAACUAGGCGGCACCGCCUAUCUCCACUGCCUCGUGGGACACUUGAGUGAACGAGGGCAAGUGUCCUGGGUAAGGAAAAGGGAUUGGCACAUCCUGAGCUCCGGGAAAUUUACUUACACCAAUGACGAACGAUUUCAGGUACUUCAUGGCGAAGGAUCAGAGGAUUGGACCCUCCAAAUCAAGUUCGUUCAGAAGAGGGACAAUGGUACAUAUGAAUGUCAGGUGUCAACUCGCACUGGCAUCGUCUCUCAUUACGUCAGACUACAGAUUGUCGUCCCUGAAGCCUUCAUUCUAGGCUCUGGCGAACACCAUGUGGAUAUGGGCAGCGUUAUACAUCUUAUUUGCAUCGUUGAAAAGAGCCCUACACCACCCCAAUACGUAUUUUGGUAUCACAACGAGAGGAUGAUAAACUAUGACGCGACUCGAGGAGGUAUUACAGUGGAGACAGAGCCAGGGGCUCGAACACAAUCGAGGCUAACUGUACGAGGAGCGACGUUGAAGGAUUCAGGAAACUACACUUGCAGUGCAAGUAACACGGAACCCGCUUCGAUACACGUCUUUGUGUCUGAAGGCAGCAACAAAAUGGCCGCAAUCCUUCGUCGGAACAGUGCGAUCCACGGCAUCACCUCUAGCAUCACCAUCCUACUCUUCACGUGCACGAUGAUCCACUUCGGCCUGCGA